AAUGUAUAAUCUCGGCCACGACGCUCCAUUCACAUCCGGGUACUCGUGGUGACCUUGGCUGAAGGAUCGUCAUGGCGGCUGUGUACAAACUCUCUUCUCUGUGUCGCAGAGGAGUUCACCCUCUGCUCUACCAAAGCGCCUUGCUGGCCCGACCAGCUGCCGUCCCACAGAAACGGAAGGAGCCGCCGUGUCUGCUGACGGCAAGGAUUCAUUCCUCGCAGGCGCUGUACGGUGGAGCUGACUCUAAAGCCGCCUCUCUGCACUGGACGGCCGAGCGGGUGCUGAGCAUCGCUCUGCUGGCCAUGGGCCCUGUUGCAUAUUAUAGCCCCGGCCCCGUCAUAGACUACUCUCUGGCUGCAGCGCUGACCCUGCAUGGUCACUGGGGGAUUGACCAGGUUCUCACAGACUACGUCCACGGAGACACCAAAGUCAAGAUGGCAAAAGCGGGGCUCUUCCUGCUCUCCACCGUCACCUUUGCUGGUCUUUGUUACUUCAACUACAAUGACGUGGGGAUUUGCAAAGCUGUGGCUCUGCUCUGGAGCAAAUGAGCUCCUCUGGACUGACAGGCUUUGGAUGUCCUGCAGGGAAAAGAUUGUAAAGAACAAGAUGGGUUCUUUGUAAAUUCCUAUGAAUGGAUAAUUUGACAGAAGUACUUCAAUGUAUGUUUAUUCAUUUCCAGCAUGCUUUUUUUAAUCAUCAGUAGAAGUUCAUGUCCGCCUCCAGACAAGCAGCUGAAGCUGCUGCUUCACAUCUGUUCAUUGAACACAUCUUUGUUCUCCAAUCGGAAAACCAUGACUGGGUCCACCCCACGGUCACACCUCUGACCCGCCGACGUGUUCGUGCGGGUCUGUGGCCGAGGUGAAGCGUCUUCUUUACCGCAGACGAGCCACAAAACGUCUUGGUGCCGUCCUGUUUAAUGCGCCGGUUCAUUACUACAGUCAGAACCUACCGUAUGUUCUGCCGCCGUUAAGCGCUGUGUAAAAAUAAACCUAUUUACAAACACCUUAA